CAGUAGAGCAGCGCAGUGGGCGGGGCACAGACCCGGCCCAGGGCUCCGUGAUGUCAGCGGGUGCUGGCAGAGAGAGGGGGUCGGCUGUUUUUCUGAAGAGUUAGAGCUGAGUAAGACAAAGCACGGUGCGGUCCCCGCAGGCGCCAUGGAACUGCUAUCCCGUGUCUUGCUGUGGAAACUGGUGCUUCUUCAGAGUUCUGCAGUCCUGUCCUCAGGGUCUCCAGGGACCGCAGCAGCCAGCAGCUCUGUGGUGUCUGAGUCUGCGGUGAGCUGGGCAGCCGGAACUCAGGCGGUGCUACGCUGCCAGAGCCCGCGCAUGGUGUGGACCCAAGACCGGCUGCACGAUCGCCAGCGCGUGGUCCACUGGGACCUCAGCGGUGGCCCAGGUAGCCAAGGGCGCCGACUUGUGGAUAUGUACUCGGCCGGGGAACAGCGCGUGUACCAGCCGCGCGAUCGCGACCGCCUCCUGCUGUCGCCUUCUGCCUUCCACGACGGCAACUUCUCGCUGCUCAUCCGCGCUGUGGAAAGAAGCGACGAAGGGGUGUACACCUGCAAUCUGCACCAUCACUACUGCCACCUCUACGAGAGCCUGGCUGUGCGCCUCGAGGUCACUGACGAUCCCCUAUUAAGUCGCGCAUACUGGGACGGCGAGAAGGAAGUGUUGGUGGUGGCCCUCGGCGCGCCGGCUCUGAUGACUUGCGUGAACCGUGAGCACUUGUGGACUGACCGCCACUUAGAGGAGGCGCAGCAGGUGGUCCAUUGGGACCGACAGCUACCUGGAGUGCCACACGACCGCGCUGACCGAUUGCUUGACCUGUACGCAUCUGGCGAGCGCCGAGCCUACGGGCCACCCUUCCUGCGUGAUCGCGUGUCGGUGAACACCAACGCUUUUGCACGCGGGGACUUCUCCCUACGCAUAGAUGAGCUGGAGCCGGCUGAUGAGGGCAUCUAUUCCUGCCACCUGCACCACCACUACUGUGGUCUCCAUGAGCGCCGAGUCUUCCACCUACGGGUCACGGAGCCUGUUUUUGAGCCACCAGCUCGCGCUUCUCCUGGCAAUGGGUCUGGUCACAACAGUAUUCCUAGCCCAGAUCCCACCAUGGCCCGCGGCCACAGCAUCAUCAACGUCAUUGUCCCAGAGGACCACACACAUUUCUUCCAGCAAUUGGGCUAUGUGCUGGCCACUCUAUUGCUUUUCAUCUUGCUGCUCAUCACUGUAGUCCUGGCGACACGCCACCGUCACAGUGGAGGAUGCAAGACCUCAGACAGGAAAGCUGGGACAUCAAAGAGGUGAGUUUGCCUUCCCGACUCUCCUCCCGGACCUGCCCUGCCCUGGCCUCCUAAACUGCUGUCUGUCUCCCUUUAGGAAGGAUGUGAACAUGGUGGAGUUUGCUGUAGCCACAAGGGACCAGGCUCCGUAUAGGACUGAGGACAUCCAGCUAGAUUACAAAAAUAACAUCCUGAAGGAGAGGGCUGGGCUGGCCCACAGUCCCCUGCCUGCCAAGGAUGUGGAUCCGGAUAAAG